AGCAGCAGCAGCAGCGGCGGCGGUACAACAGCUGAGAGAGCAGCAGUGACAGCAGAGAAAGCGUCCAGCUGUCUGUCAGCCAGGACCCGCCGUGUUCCCCCCUCACACAACUUUUAGGACCAUGUCGUUCAUUCUUAUGAAGAAAAAGAGAUUCAAAUUCAGAGUAGACUUCGACUUGGAGGAGUUGUCGUCGGUUCCCUUCGUGAACGGAGUGUUAUUUUGCAAAGUGAGGCUCGUAGAUGGAGGCUUUGCCGAGGAGUCGACUCGGGAGAACGUCCAAGCCAACUGUGUACGCUGGAAGAAGAGAUUCUCUUUCAUGUGUAAGAUGAGUGCCAACGCUGGGACAGGUGUGCUGGACCCCUGUUUGUGCCGAGUGUCUGUGCGCAAGGAAUUAAAGGGUGGAAAGACUUUUGCAAAGCUGGGCUUUGCUGACUUGAACCUGUCAGAGUUUGCUGGGUCUGGCAGCACUGUACGACGGUGUCUCCUCGAGGGAUAUGACACAAAGAACACCAGACAGGACAACUCAAUUCUCAAGGUUGUCAUCACCACACAACUUAUGUCUGGAGACCCCUGCUUUAAAACUCCCCCAUCUACAGCCAUGACUCUGGGAAUCCCACAAACUGAAGCAGAGUGUCUCCAUGAGGACAGGAAAGGAGGGGACAUCUACAUAACCCAUUCACUCACUCAGCAUCCAGGAAAGUCAGUAUCAGUCCCAGAGGAGCUGAUAGCGUACGGUCACUCCAGAACAUCCAGCUAUGCAAGUCAGCUGUCAAAAAUUUCAGGUUACAGCUCGAAUCACUCCAGUUUAACAGAUCUGAGCCAUCGGCGGAGCGGGUCAGGAGGUUCUGCUUCUACAGGCAUCGGCAGCAUCCUUGAACCCAGCGAUCAGCAUGGUGAGAGAGGAGAGAAGGAGUUUAGGAGCACUCCCCCAGUCUCUGCAAUCUGCCAUCAUGCAUCUGAAAACCCCUCCACCCCCACCAAGGUUCUAAGACACCCAGUAAAGCAGAACUCAGUGGAAAAUCAGCUGAAAAGAGUUGAUGCCACCAGGGUGGAUGCAGAUGAUAUAAUAGAGAAAAUCCUGCAGAGCCAGGAUUUCAGCCAUGGCUUCUUGGACUCCAGUGCAGAGGAGGAGGGGCUCAGCUUGUUUGUGGGUCCUGGUGGGAGUACAGCCUUGGGAAGCCAGCACACAAGGGUCGCAACUGGAGCCUUUGAGCAGGUGGUGAUCAAGCGCUAGGCUACGGGAAGCAUGUGUCUGUCACAAAGGGUGCCGUAUUACACUGAUGCAAGGGCCACAAGUCUGAACAGUGGAUGUGCCGUCGGAACUUGCUCCCAUUUCACUCCAGGAGAUUUAGUUUCUCUUAUGCAAUCCCCUCCCCGCCUGACUUACAGCUUCUUGUUGGCCUGGGCAGCCCUCUAGUGUUCAAGAAGUGGAGCUGAACGCCAAGUGACCGAAACACUUUGUCAGCGAAGACAACUGGUGUAAUGACGUUUCUGUUGGUCUCCUUCAGCUGUGUGAAAAUAGUAAGACAUGGGAUUCCCACUGUCUGCUCAGCCCUCUUUUGAGCUGCAAGGACUGAAUCCUGUUUUUUGUGUUUUUUUUCAAAAGCAGAUAAAAGUGUCUAUCCACCCACUACGGUAUGAAUGUGAUUUUGUUUCACUGUUAGUAACAAAAAGCCAAAAAUAUCUGUACUGUAAGAACCUUCUGUUGCUAUGAUUUGUAAGGAGCUGAACCUUAUUACGAACACCUCCGUUCACCUGGUUGUGAAGGAGGAGGACUGCAUUUAAAAGUUUGUACAUUUUGCUCUGUCAGUAUAUCUAUUGUGUGUAUGAGUGCAUGUGUGUAUGCUGUUUGCAGAUGAAAAAGUAAUUAACUUAUUUUUACCACAGAUUUUGUAAACGUGCCAAAGUGUAUAAUAGCUGUACAAUGUAUAUUUGCUGCCACUUAAGGAGUCGUGUCUAUAGUACACUACGUUCCAUGCAUUGAUAUUUAUUUGUAUUCAUGGCCAAAUUUUUAAAUAAAAAAAAACAUCCACUUUGGACGACUA